AGGAAUGAGGAUCCGGUCAUCUGAGCGUGUGAAUGCGGACACUUGACUACCGAACACCGUGAUCUCUCCUCCCGCGUUCCAUUACCGGGCGACGUGCGGUGACUUCACGAGCUCCGGUGAGAUUCAUUGGAGAAGAAAGCGCCACCGGCCCGAACCUCGCCGUUUGUUUGGCUCUCCCGACAUGCACCUCUGCAUUAUUAAGGUGCGCCAUGGUUCCUGUUGGGAGGGGCCCCCCCGGCUGUGUAACCGGAGCUGAAAUGUGAUUGAGGUUCUUAAAGUGACCUCGAUGACCCGUUGAGCUUCGCUGUCACAGCUGAUGCCCCCCCCCCAGCGGCGUCAUGGCGUCCCGGCUGCUCAACCGUCUGAAGCGCUCGUUGUUUAAAGAUGGUCAGGGGGCGGGACCUGAGCAGGAGGCGGCACGCGGACAGGAAGUGGAGUCAUUCAAGGAGGAUGGCUGGGAGGCGGAGCUUGAAGAGGAGGAGGAGGAGGAACGGGUGACCGAUCGGUUGGGCGGGACGCUGUGCUUCGACGCUGGGGGAGGUGAAGGAGUUGAGGACGGGGGCGAGGAGCUGGACAGCGACUCUGACUACCUGGGAGAGUCGAUGGAGGAGGGGCUUUGCAGCACAGACACCAGUCCGGGGGGCCCCCCCGCGUCCUUCCUGCUGACUCGGCAGCUUCAGGAGAGCUGGAGGACCCUGCGUGGCCUCGGCGGAGGAAGCCCCGCCUCCGCCGGGAGGCAGCCGACAGACGACGUGCUGUUCGAGGUGACGGACGCCAGUGUGGUGCAAGAAUCCUCCUCUAAAUACGUGCUCUACACCGUCCACGUCGUCCAGUCCGCCGCCAGCGACAAGACGCCAGCCGUCAUCACCCGCCGCUACUCUGACUUUCAGCGGCUCCACGCAGCGCUGCGGCGUAACCACGGAGACGAGAUGGAGCGCGUCUGCUUCCCGCGGAAGAAGCUGCGCAGGAACUACACGGCGGAGACCAUCGCCAAGCGGAGCCGGGCCUUCGAGCAGUACUUGUCUCACCUGUGCUCCCUGUCGGGCCCGCGGGGGGCGCCCUGCGUCCGACACUUCUUCUACCUUACCGACCUGCAGGCCGGGCAGCUGCUCAUCAGGGUGGGACGUUUCCAGGAGGCUUUGGGCCCGCUGCUCAACGCCAAGAGGCUGCAACAGAAACUGGGCUGGGCAACUUACUACGACAGUCAGGCCCCGCCCCCUGCCUCCUCCCAUUGGUUCUUCACCUUGGUGGGUCUGUCGAGCUGCUUCCAGGAAGUGGACCAGCUGGAGGAAGCUCGAGAUCAUUGUGACGGGGCCCUCCGCGUCCUGAGCCCUGAGGCGGAUGACGGGGCCCCCCCACUCCGAGACAAGCCCCACCCACAGACUGAAGAGUCGCCGCAGCGCGUCGGCAGGCCACACCCCCUCCUGUUGCCGUUGUUACGGGUUGUGGUCCGGCUGUCGUGGCAGACUGGGAAAGACAAGCGGCAGUGGGAGGAGCUGCUGCAGAAGCUGGAGGAGCAGAGGGCGGGGCUAGUAGACAAUCAGCCAACCAUUAAAGAGUUCCUGGUCAAACACAACCUGAAGGAGAGCGAGGGGUAGAACAACAACAACAACACAAACUGCAGGAGAUAAGCACUACACUGCACUUUCUUUCUAAAGCUAUUCUGAUGUUUCUAUUUACUGGUUUUAAAGGGUUUGUUACAUAUUUAGUUUUGAGGACCGUUUCAUUGCACUUUUCUUGGGUCCUGAAUCAGCUUCCUGUGGCCCGUAUGAAAUAUUGAUCCGUGGAAGAGGCAUUAAAACCGAAUACUGAUUAGAACAAACCUUAUAAAAGGGAUGAAGUAUGAUUCACAAACCAUGAAUUACCUGGAAUGAGACUCAUUUAGCAGUAAACAGGCCAGUGAUUCUCAGACAACAUUUAGAUAACGAAGGGUUUACACGUUCACCAAUGUUUUAAAAAACAUUCAAACAAGUUUGGUUUCUUCUUUUAAACUGUUAAUUUCACAGACCUGACGCAAAGCUUCUUUUCUUUCUUUUUGAGAUGGUGUUUUCUUUUCCUCUGGUUUCCAACCAAAUCAAAUUCAAGUGUUUUUUUAAAAGUGUUGGUUCAGCAGAACAUCCUCACACAGAGAAACAAAAGUACUUUUUAUGGAAUAAAUUCAGUUAAUCCCA